AUGAUUUGGCCGUCAUUAUUCAUACUUUCCUCUCUCCCGUUCAUACACGCAGCCGAGGGUGAUGCUAGCUGCGAUGAAAAGGUCGCUACGACAUGGUUUGCUGGAUGGCAUGCCAAAGACGGCUUCAAUGUUAGCGAUGUGCCAUGGUCCAAAUAUACCGAAGUGACCUUCGCAUUUGCCGAAACGACGCCAGACGUCAAUACACUCUCUUUUAACGUCUCUGGGAUAGACACGGAAGAAGUGCUUGUUCAACUUGUAGCCACGGCGCAUGAGAACGAUGUUGAUGCCAAAGUCUCAGUCGGAGGAUGGACAGGUUCCCUGUAUUGGUCUGACAAUGUCGGGUCAGCGGAGAAUCGCACAGCAUGGAUUAAAACCCUCACCAACCUUGUGUCCAAAUAUGACCUCGACGGGCUUGACUUUGACUGGGAAUAUCCUGGGAAACAAGGUAUUGGCUGCAAUACCCUAAGCACCAAUGACACAGAAAACUUCCUCGCAUUCCUCAAGGAACUCCGAGAAGACCCUGUUGGCGCCAACCUCACACUCUCAGCAGCGGCGUCGAUUGCCCCAUUCACCGGUGCCAACGGAACAGCCCUGACCGAUGUAUCAGAGUUUGCCGAAUACCUGGACUACGUCGCCAUUAUGAAUUACGACAUCUGGGGAUCCUGGAGUGCCACGGUCGGGCCAAACGCUCCCCUCAACGAUUCCUGCGCGGACGCAGCUAAUCAAGCAGGCUCUGCUGUGUCUGCAGUAACAAAAUGGACUGAGGCUGGUUUCCCUAGUGAUCAGCUCCUCCUCGGUGUCGCCGCAUACGGACACAGUUUCAGCGUGCCGCAAGCCGGAGCGUUUACAAACGGUUCUGACACGCUGGCACUCUAUGCAAGUUUCAACUCUUCUGUACAUCCUGCGGGUGAUGCUUGGGAUGAUCAAGCCGGUGUCGAUGUCUGUGGUGCUGCUACAACAGCCGGUGGAUCAAUCGACUUCUGGGGAUUGGUCGAACAAGGAUAUCUCACAGAGAACGGUGACGCCGCUGAUGGUGUUCCUUACGUGUUUGAUAACUGCAGUCAGACGCCUUUCAUCUAUAACACCACAACCGAGGUUAUGAUAUCCUAUGACAACGCUGAGUCCUUUGCGGCCAAAGGACAAUUCAUUACUGAUAUGGGUCUUGCUGGAUUUGCAAUGUGGGAAACAGGAGGAGAUUAUAAGACUAUUCUCUUGGCUGCCAUUCGUGCGAAAGUCUUCGCGUAG